AUGAUUCAAUAAGAGUAAUUCACAGCCGAAUAAAUCUAGCAGUAUGAUUAAUUAGCUGAUUAGGCCAUUCAGUAAUUCCAACAGAUUUUACCUCUUACUCCUGAAAACAAGUGGGAACCUCACAGUGACAAGAAUGGUUUUAAGAUCCAUCUUAGGCCUGAUAAGGAAACUGGUCUUAAUUUCUCAAGAGGAGAGGGAUUCUUACCUUAUACUAUAUAAUAAAUUGUCGAUAUUCUUAAUUAGGUGGAGAACGCUGAAAAAUUUGAUGAAUUGUGUGAAUAGGCUAGCCUCAUCGCAAAAAUAAGAGAGGAUUUAUUGAUCUUUUAUUAGAGGUUGAAGGAUAUGUUUAUCGUGGUUUCUGGAAGAGAUUUUGUGAUUCUGUAAAAGAGACUCAGAGAUGGCAAUAAAUUAUGGGUUGUGGGUAAAUCCAUUGAAUUAGCAUCAAAACCACCCGUUAAAGGAAAGGUUAGAGGCGAAUUAAAACUUGGAGGAUGGUUAUUGGAAGAAAAAGAAGGAGGUACACAAGUUACUUAUAUGUCUUGGGGAGAUCCAAAAGGUAAUUUACCUUCAAAGGCUGUUAAUUUUGCCUCGAGUGCUCAAGGUUAAGUUGUAGAAAGAUUGAAAAAGUUUAUGGAUUAAAAGCACGGAAAAAAGUGAUAUCUAUCAUCAGUACAUGUCAUAUUAAAAUAAAUCUAUAAACAGUGUUAAUAA